AUGCACGCCUCUCUCAUUCGUCGCCAGCUCGGCGGGCUCGUCCCUCCAAAAAUUGCUACUCCCAAGCUCGUUUCUGGAGGGUCAGGCGAAGGACUCGCACCCCUCGUCAGCUUUUACUCGAAGCUUCCAAAGGGCUCUGCUACCCCGCGGACUGGUGGAAUCAAAGCGCGCUACUUCCUUGGGAACAACGUGUCUGGUGGGCCCUACCUAGCCUUGAUUCUUGGGUUGUUUGGCAUCGGGUACACUCUUGACUACCAAAGUGAGUGGUCGUUCGGAUUCAUCUGUUUUUUUACUGACAGGAUUUGCUAG